AUGUUUAAUCUUCUAACAGGUAGGAAGACAGAUUUAUAUGGCCAGAAAAAGCCUGCAGGUACAUUCUACAAGAGAAGAAGAGAAGGUUAUGUUAAUGUCUUGCAUGAUAAUUUUGAGGAAAGAACGAACUGUUAUUUGAAACAAGAUGUAGUUCUUGAAAUAUUACAGCUAAACAGUCUCCCAAAAAUACAAGCAACAAAUGCAAUUAAGCAAGCCUUUCCUGAUUCAGUAGUUGAAAGAAAGGGGACAGGAAAAGAUAGAGUUACAUUCUAUAAACAUGUUGGUCCUAAAUCACUGUUGCCAAAUAAGCAAACUCAUCUGUCUGCAUCUGCAAGUACAGACACAUCUUCGAGUUCAGAUACAACUUCCUUUUUGCCACUGAAUGAAAGUGCUGAAAUAGCCAACCUUAAAGAGUUGAUCAAAACUACAUCAACUGAACUGGAUGACAUAAGUAAAAGACUAGAUACUCAUUUGUCUACCGAAGAGGUCCAAAGUGAUGUUCUGAAAGUAUUAAGGCGUAUGCAGCAACAACUUCAAAACAGAAUGCAAGAGCUACAGAACACCAUGACAACAUUACUUCAGAAAGAAGUUGACCAACUUGUUGAACGUCAGUCGCAGUGUGAGACUCUCUGUGCUCACGAAACGCUGCAGUUAAAUGAGGAAAUGUCCAUCUUCAUUCAAUAUUUGAACAAAAACAUUCAAUCAAAUACUUUGUGUGGUGAUGCUUUAAGUGGUAUAUUUUCAUCAUUAACUGGUAAUCUUCGGGAAAACUGCCCUUUACUGUUUAAUGUAUUAGAUACAAUUCUUCUGCAGGGAAAAGAGGACAGCGCUGUUUCUGAAAGGCGUGUCAAGAGCGCUGUACAUUCCCUUGCUAUUCUGGUUAGCUUGAGAAGCCAGAAAAUUCCAAAUGACUUCAAACUGCUAUUCACAUGCUUGUGCAGAUCAUUUGGAGCAGGACUUCGUUUUAUCAGCAUGCUAAAUCAUCUUGGUUUGAUUGUAAGUUUUUUUGAUGGUGACGGUAUUGCACGUGAAGCUGUCUACCAAGCUCUGGCCCCAAUAUACGCACAACUUGGAUUUCGAAACUACUUCACUGAGACAUUCCGUCACAUUGUGAAUUUCACAACAAAGUGGCCACUUGCAACAAGACUGCUGCUACAGAAAAACUGCUCAGUUAAUCUUCUAGGUAUGUACAAACAUUUCCAUUGUUCUAUAAUAAAUAAUAUAGAGGUUCAGAUUUGACUUCCACUAACACUCCCUGGAACUGGCUUAGAACACAUCUGUAGUGAUAGUGGAACUCAAAUCAAAACAAAUGCAAAUCUGUCACAAGCCAUAUCCACUCUAACCAAGCAAGCGAUUUGAACAAGUCCUUUGGAGUUAUUUGGGUUCAAGUCAACUCCUGAACACUGGGUGAAUGAAAAUAUGCUAUCUAUAUUUAUGUGUAGUAGUGUAGUUGCCCCUUUAUAGGUUAAUUUUGUAGUUGACCUGUAAAAUAUUUUAGCAAUUUCAAGAAAAUCCAUUUUAAAAUAAAAAAUAUAUCCAACUCUUUAGGAAAGAAAGGCCAUGGGGUUGAGCUCGAUGCAUAUGUGUAAUCUGAAGUUGUGCAGCCAUUCAAGAAGUAUGUUUCUGGUCAUACUACAGUUCACAUGUGUGAGCGAUUAAUGUUUUAAUGUUAAAAUUCUAGACAUUCCGUCCAGUCACCACUACCAGAUCAGUUGAAAGGUGUGUAAAAUAUCAGUGGUUAGUUGUAGGAUAUCAUUUACAGAAAAACGUUAAAUUUUAUACAUUUUGACAAUAGCAAUAGAGAAAACGGUUUUUGUACUAAAUUUCAGUAAAUAAUUAAAUAUUUUUUUCGUAUCUAUGUUACAGGUGCAUGGUUUAGUAUACGAAAGGGAUUUUUUGAAGACAAGAAACGCCAGGAAGUUGAAUGCUAUUCACUUGAUGGAAACGGUUCUGCUGCUGGAAAAGUUCCGAAAAACCUGCUUGACGUGGAACAGAAAGGGAAGAUCAAGAUCAGGGACACGUUUGCAGCCAAAUUGUACGAUAGUUUUCCUGAUUUAAGGUAUAAAAUUUUAAUGGAAUAG